CGGCGAGGCUGCGCCCUUUUCCACAGCACUCCGAAGCCUCGUCAACAACCCCCGGUACAGGCUCCUUCCUGGAAGAAGCAGAGGAACAGACGCCCCUGUUCUGGGAACCGGGGGCUCACAGAGGAACAAAGCUCAAGGGACUGAGCCAGAGUCCCAGGCAGGAAGUAGUCAAGGGUGCUGCUGCUCCGCGCCUGUCCAGGAUGCUUGUGUCAUCUGAAACCAGGGAUAGAGCUUACAGGGGGCAGCGCUGGUCAAGAGAGCUAGCAUGAAGCUUUCUGUCCCCACUGUCUCAGAGCUAGGCUCCUCCCCCAUGGCUGGGACUCCUAUAACCCUGCUUCUUUGGGGGUCACAGUCUGCCGUGAGUAGUGUGAACCCAAGGCUUUGGACCUGGGACUGGGAGGCCCCAGGAAGCUCAGGCUUCACCUGCCUUCUAUCAGAGGCCCCGUUCAGAGGCCCACAGGCUGGGGCCGGAAGUGAUUGUGAAUUUGGAAAAUGUGGUCUGGCCUCAUGAUGGUGCAUCACUGCCGUGUCUGUUUGCAAGUGCACACUCUGCACCCCACACCCCCACACCCUCCUGCCUGGAGGAGGGCUGAAAACAGCUGAGUUUGCAGCCAGUCGAGGAAGAGCCAAGAGGUGCUUUCCUUCCCCCAAGACUCAGGCUGGGGAGGAGAAGGGUAGGUGGGAUCAAUUUUGCCUGUGUCAGCCUUGGUGCCCCUUCAGUGACCAAGCAUAGCCACCUCCUCUGAGAUCUGAGGUUUAGAAUAGGAAGUCACUUGCCUGCAGUACCAUCUGGUGGAGCUGGGACUAGAACUCAGGCCUGCGUGUCCCACACCUUCUGCUGGAAGUACUAAACCCUGUGUCUUACAUUAUAGUUAUAGGAAACCAAGGCCCAGAGUGGGCAAGGUAAAGCCCAAGGUGCACUCUAGACUGGGGCCUCCUCUGCCCUGGCUCUCUGCCCCUCUCUCCCACAGUGAUGUUUGCUUUAUGGUUGGUCAAGAACGACAGGAGGUAUUUGCCCACCGGUGCUUGUUGGCCUGUAGAUGCAGCUUCUUCCAGCGACUUCUGGGCUCGGAGCCGGGCCCCAGAGUGCCGAGUCCCGUGGUGCUAAGCACUGUGCCAGCUGAGGCCUUCCUGGCAGUGCUGGAGUUCCUGUACACCAACAGUGUCAAGCUGCACCGCCACUCUGUGCUGGAGGUGCUGACGGCAGCUGUGGAGUAUGGGCUGGAGGAACUGCGAGAGCUGUGCCUGGAGUUUGUGGUGAAGGUGCUGGAUGUGGAGUUGGUUUGUGAGGCCCUGCAGGUGGCUGUAACCUUUGGCCUGGGGCCGCUGCAGGAGCGUUGCAUAGCCUUCAUAGAGGCCCACAGCCAGGAGGCGCUCCGGACCAGAGGCUUUCUGGAACUGUCGGCGCCCGCGCUGCUGCCCCUGCUGCGCAGCGACAAGCUCAGCGUGGACGAGGCCGAGCUGGUCCGGGCGGCCCGGAGCUGGGCGCGAGUGGGCGCGGUGAGCUGGGGCUGGGGGAGCGCGAGGGCGCUGAAGGAGUUGCAGGCUGCGGGAACCCGGCGAGCGGGCGGCGGCCUGGGCUCAGGGCUGGCGUUCGCAGGCGGUGCUGGCGCAGCCUGUGGCCGAGGUGGCGGCCCCGGUGGUGAGAGAGCUGAGACUGGCCUUGUUGGCUCCAGCAGAGCUGAGCGCCCUGGAAGAGCAGAACCGGAGGGAGCCGUUCAUCCCGGUGGAGCAGAUCGUGGAGGCGUGGAAGUGUCACGCCCUGCGGAGAGGGGAUGAGGCUCGGGGCGCCCCUUGUCGCCGCCGGAGAGGCACCCUGCCCCGGGAGCAUCACCGCUUUCUGGACCUGCUCUUCAAAUGACCCAACGCCAGCAUUUCCAGGACUCCUGAGCCUGCCCCAAACUACAUCUCCCGACGUGCUCGGCGCUCGGAGCGAGCUUCUGCUCCCGGCAUGCUCCGCGAGCGGGGCGCGGGAAGGACCGUUUUCUGCCAUGCGCGGCGCCCGUGCGCGGGUCAUAGGGCGGGGGCGAAACGCGUAAACGAAGCGUUUUCAGUUGUACGCCUUCAUUGCGCGCGCUGACACUGGACGCUUUCGUUCACCCGUCUACUCUGCUGACUCUCACGUGUCUGUUCAGGUCGGCUCUGUCUUUAAUUCCAGACCUGUCUCCUGGAGUUCACUCCUUGAGUGCCCCACAAACACCCCAGUCUCAGUGCAAAAUUGAGCUUCCCUUCUUUACCCAGCGGUGCCCGCAUCGUGUUUCUCAUUUCCGUGGUUGACCACGCCAGAAACCUGGAUUGCAUCCUUCUCUCUCUUCCUCACACUUACCUCAAGUCUGAGGUCGCUCUACCUUCUAAAAGACCUUUCUAGUUGGUUUAGUUUUCCAAACCACGGGUUCAGCCUAUCCUGACACGUCUUGUUAGUCUUUCUGCCUUCACUCCAUCGCACCCUCAGUCCAUUUCCCACUCUGCAGCCACACCUGAGAUCUCUGUCCUACUUCCUCUAUUAAUUCCCCCGUUGCCCUCCAGGACAAAAUACAAUCUAUUUCAUUUUCAAGACUCUCAAAACUACUAGUGGUUCCUAAAUGCUAGCAACUCCUCUCAAACACCACCGUUGCAUAGAUUCACUCAUCCCAGAGGUAUUAAUUCUCUAGCUCCAGAUUUACUCUCUUGGUUAUUGAAGACUCCUCUGCUCUCUCUCAUUCAUCAUACAUCUUGUCUUUCCUGAGGACCUGAAUCUCUCUGGAGAAAGGUCCCUGGGGCCUAAAGAGGUGCCUUAUUCAUUUCUGCUUCCUCAGCCCCUGUCACAUAAUGAAUGCUCUGUAAAUGUUAAGUUAAUGACAUUUAUUUCCUUAUUUAAAUGCCACUUUAUUCCAUAAAGAAUUUUAAGGUAUCUGUAAAACAAUAUACCAUCAAUCUAAAAUGAGAGACAGUUGACUGUUUAGAAGAAAAUUAAGUUGGAUUUCUAUCUCAGGAACGUUAUACAAAAAUAUAUUGUAUAUGGUUUAAAGAUAGUUAUUUGGUGUUCUCCUGCAGGAAUGAAAAUGUGGUUAUCCAGUAGUACCACUGCAUGGCAACACUGUUGGGAAGAGUGAAAAUUGAAAAUAAUCUAUAUGUCCAUUAAUAGAGGACUGGUUAUAUUAGCUAUGGUAUAUUUCUACAAUGAUAUGGAAAGAUAUCCAUGAUCUUUGGUGAAAAAAGCACAGUGCAGACCAAGUACAGUGCAAUUCCUUUUGUUAGAAGAAAAGAUAGCAUAGUGAUUAAGUGUGUGUUUUCUGGAGCCAGGAUGCUUGUGUUUGAAUCUCAGCUCCACCACAUAAUGGCUUUGUUACUUGAGUUAGGAUACUUAAUUUUUAUCUACCCCAGUUUCCUUAUUUAUAAAAUGGAGCUAAUAAUAGAACCUAUUUAGUAGGGUUGUUAGGAAGAUGAAAUUAGUUAAUUUUGUAAAAUACUUAGAACUGCAGCCAGGUGUGGUGGCUUAUGCCUAUCAUCCCAGUUACUCGGGACGAUCACUUUAGGCCAAGAGUUCAGGACCAGCCUGGACAACAUAGUGAGACCCCCAUCUCUGCCAAAAAACAAACAAACACAAAACAACAAGCAGAACUGUAGUUGGACAGAUUAAACGCUGUAUAUGUGUUUAGAAAAUAAACACAUUCAUUUGUUCCGUAAGUAUUCAUUGAGUGCUUAGUGCCAAACACUGAUUUAGGGUCAUGGAAUACAUCAGAGAAUAAGUCAAGUCUUUCCCAAGGAGCUUACAUUCUAGAAGAAACAUACAAUAAACAAUUAAAUAAAUAAAUAUGACAUAAUUUUAGGGAGUAGUUUAUGCUAUCAAGAAAAGUAAAACAGGUUAAAAAGAUAGCGAUUUGGUGGGAGUGGGACUGUUGCACCCAGCAUAGUGAGAGCAGAUCUCCCAAUACCAUUUGACAAGAGAUCUGCAGGGAGCCACAUGUCCUGGGGAAAGGCAUUGGAGGGGUUUGUGUAUGAGAGAAUGGUGUGGUUGGAUUUAUGUCUUUUUUAUUUUGGAUAUUUUUAGCAGCUUUAUUUGUAAUUGUUAAGACUUGGAAGCAACCAAGAUGUCCUUCAGUUGGUGAAUGAAUCAAUAAACUGGUACAUCCAGAUAAUGAAAUAUUGUUCAGCAUUAGAAAGAAAUGAGCUAUCAAUCCAUGAAAAGACAUGGAGGAAACUUAGAUGCACAUUACUAAGUGAAAGA